AUGCAGUUCCAAGCAGCCAUCAGUUCUCACUUGCGCUUGGAAUACUAUCGGACCCAUAAAUCUCUGGUCAGCUGGAGAAUAAGGAACAAGGUUUGUCGUUCAGGAUUGGGCCACCGUGGACAUGCCCGUCUGUCACCGGGAGACCUGGCCCUCAGCGAUGACAGCCUUCAGUCCCAGGAGGAGCCUGCAAUUCGUCAUCGACCUUCCCAGUUUGUACCAUCCACGGGAAUCCAGAACAGUAAGGAGCUAAACAGAACCUGCUGUCUGAAUGGGGGGACCUGCAUGCUGGGGUCCUUUUGUGCUUGCCCUCCUUCCUUCUAUGGACGAAACUGUGAGCAUGACAGGCGCAAAGAGAACUGCGGGUCUGUGCCCCAUGAUACCUGGCUGCCCAGGAAGUGUUCCAUGUGUAAAUGCUGGCAUGGCCAGCUUCGCUGCCUUCCUCAGUCAUUCCUACCUGGUUGUGAUGGCCAUGUGAUGGAUGAGCACCUCACAGCUUCCAGGAAUCCAGAAUUAACAAUGUCUGCAUGCGCUUUUUUGCUACCUGGCAUCUGCCUUGCCAUACAGAGUUAUUACUAAUCCACAAUUUGCAUACAACAUUUAUCAUGCAAAUUUCAUGACCUGUAAAGGGUUUCUCUCCACUGUCCUGAGAGAUGAGCAUUUUUUGUUAGUUGCCCUGAGUAGUGAAUAGAUUUCCAUAUGGUCCCUAGCAUUUCCUUUAAGUACCAACUACUUUUCCUCUACCCUGCCCUCUCCAAAAAAUGUAGGCCAUAUCCUUGGCCCAAAUCCUGUGUUUCUUGACACAUAUAACUCUACCAAGUGUUUAUUAAUAUUUUCCUUUAAACAACUGAAUUCUAUCUUCAGAUUAUUAAAGGUUACUCCUAAUGUAGGACUAAGCAUAAACUUUGAGUAGGGUUGAUCAAUCAAUUAAAAUAAUAUCUUAAAAAGGAAAGGAAAGGAAGCACCUGUGGGGGGGGGUGGCAAAGGAGAAGGGAGGGAGCAGAUACUAGAGGUGUGAGACAGGAUGUGGGGAUGAUGGAAGUGUGCCUGUGACCCCUGGGAGACUAGGUAGAAAAGUGGGAGCAAAUGAGAGGGGCUUUAGAAAAUAAAAUGGAUUACCUGAUGGAUGAUUGCAUGGGCACAGAGAAGCAAGUUAAAAAGCAAAGAUGAAGGGCAAGUUUCUAUCAUCUAUAGGAAGCUAUAUAAGAUUAGGACACCUCUGUUUUCUCAAGGAUAUGUAAAGAAAAUGAAGUAUCCUCAAAGAAAAAUUCUAUCUAAAUGUCUCCCACAAGACUGCUUAAUGAAUUAUGUUUUCUCCAUUCUAUGCAACUAUUUUAAUGGUUGUAAAAGAGAAAAUGUUCACAUUUAGUUGUAAACCAGGUGAUAAAACUAUACAUCGUAUAGUUCAUCUUAAAAAUACAUUGUAUAUCUGGUGUGCCCAGUAAAAGUGGGAAGUACAUCGA